CAUUUAGUUACUAAAGACACUUAAGGCGGUAAGGCAAAAUGAAUAAAAUCAUAUUCUGUGUGCUACUCGUGUCGUUUCUGGGAUUUAUCAACGCUGCUGGCGAAGCGCCCGCAGAGAAGGACGUGCAGGCGCUUUUGGAUAAAGCGACAAAGCUUAAUGAUGAGCUGAAGGCAAAGAAUACUAAGCUCAAAGACAUGGUAAAAUCGAUUCAAGAAAUGGACGGGAGGAUCAAAGCGUUAAAGGGGAAGAUCCAAAAUUGUAAACCAAAUGGCGUUGAAAGAAAAGCAAAUUUUCCAAAGGACCAACGCUCCCCACUAUAUAAAGCCUUGUUGGGACGAAAUCCCAAUUUGAGAUUCGAAACAGUUCAAAAAGAGCUAAUAACCUGUCUACAAAAAUAAACAGAUAAACAUAGAGCUCGGGUGAUCUGUCAGCUAAUGCUCAACAGAUAUUCAU